AGCUUUCUUUUCUUCGGUUCUUGGUAUUUCUUCGAAGACAUGAGGAGGAUAUUUGGCCUUCAAAUCAAGCUGAUGUACGCACUCCAAUUCUAUAGCCGAGCCACGGAUAGCGUCUAACACUGGUGUGGAGGCAAGGCUUCACUUAUCGAGUUUUUCUCACGGUGUUUAUUGUCCAGAGCGGUGGGGGUUCAAGUUGGAAGGGAUUUUGAGACAAUAUCGUUUAUCAGAUGGCUGCACCAUGGGGACUGUUUCCGCAACCCGACAGCGGCAUUCUCUCUGUUGUUCCCCUGGUGAUUCUAGGUAUAGGAAUUCUUAUGAUGUUGAGUGAGUUGACAGGAAACCAGCUGCAAUACUCCAAAUUUGCUACCGGGAAUGACAGCAAGACGAGGACUCUUUCGGGCAAAACAGGAAUGUUUUUGAACUAUUUGCCUUCAGGUGUGGUGGCCAGUGUCUUGGUCGCAUACAUGCUCGGUGUUUUGCCCAUGCUCCCUUCAUUGCUGCAGUCCUGUGGAGCUUCCAGCGCUGCGUCUCUCAUUGAGCAGGCCGUGUCUAACGACUCCGACAACCGUCUUCUGCUCGUGGCUCUAGCUUUGAGCCUUCUAUUCGACAAACGACUCCUGGAGGUUCUGUUCGUCCAGAAGUUCUCCGGAACAACCACCGCCAACACCGUCGCAUUUAUAACUAACGCCUAUUUCUCAAACACGAUAAUUCUCUUGUACGCGCAACUAUGGGUAACGGCGCAAGGUUUUGCAGCACCGACACCUAACCUGAAGUGGCCAGGGUUAGCACUUUUUCUGGUGGCGAUCACAGGAAAUGGGUACCAUCACUGGUUACUCGCCAACCUUCGAAAGGGCAGCAACAUGGGGUAUAUGGCACCGCAGGGCGGCCUCUUCGGUGUCUUCGUGUGCCCCCAUUACGUCUGUGAGAUUCUAAGUUUUGUGGGCAUAGCUCUCAUCAGCCAAACACUGGUUGCCUGCAGCUUGGCUGCUUUAGUGUCAUUUUACUUGACAUCGCGCUCGGCGAGCACGAAGAAAUGGUACUUGAAAAAGAUUGACGGGUUUCCCAAGGAAAGGUGUGUGCUGAUUCCUGGAGUGUGGUAAAUAGCCAUGACUGCCACAUACAUACAACUGGAAAUCCAGCAUAAAACCAUCAUCUUGGCAGAUAGACACUGAAGUCGACUCUUUUAAGAAAGAGAGGUUGUAUGUUAUCCUCACUGCAGCUUCUGGAAAUAAGCCCAUGUUGUUCA